AUGAGUCGAAUCUCUGUGGCCUUAAUCCUGUGUGCACUGUCACUACUCGUGGCGUCCAGCCCGCAUCAUUCGUCGUCAAAUCGCCAUCACAGUUCACAUUCGUCGUCGAAUCUCCGUCACGCGGAGCGUUUCCUCGACUCCUAUGAAGACGGGUUAGACAUGAAUGGGGAAAAUGAAGAUGAUGAGGAUUCGUACGAGCCAUCCUAUGAACACAGCUCCAAGAAUGAAAGUUCGAUGGCAGCAGGAACUCGAUCCGCGACUGACCCACCUACCUCUGCCGAGUGUUGUGGUGACUCAGAGCAUGGUCUGGUCAUAUUCCGCUAUACGACAACAAGUCUGAGCCACCAUGAUGCGAGGAAGAGCUGCCAGCGUAAUGGUGGGGAUCUUGCCGCCCCGCGGAACAUGCAGGAAUUUAUUGUCCUGGAGAACUUGUUACGCGCAUCAGUUGGGACACUUGGGUACUGGAUUGGUUACAAUGACAUCAAGGAGGAAGGACGGUUUGUGGACAAUGACGGAAACCUCGCCGUUAUCAACAACUUUCUCCCUGACGAACCCAACAACGACCAUGGUGGCGAAGACUGUGUGGAUAUGCAAGCUACAUCAGGUUUGUUCAACGACUUAAAGUGCUCGGAUAUACUUUGGUAUGCGUGCGAGUUCAGAAUCCCUUGA